AUGGAUAACAACGAGAAACGCCGACGCAACGAACGUCUUGCGAAUCGUCUCAAACAACUAGAAGAUGAAAUCGAAGCAACCAAAAGGAAGAUAGAGCGGGAAGAGGGUGAACGACUCGACCGAGAGGCCCACCGGAUGGAAGGGCUGAUAGCAGUCCGUGAGACCUCUCUGGCUGAAUUAUUAGCGAGUGCCGAGCCGUGUAGGGAGACCGAACGUACACACAACGAGGAAACACAAGCGUCCGGCCAACAACGGGAAAUAAGUCCUGAUAACCCCAGACCGAGCACGUCGAAAGAAAGCGAGAGAUGGGAAACACGAGAGGUGCGCUGGGAACACACCUUCGAAGAAGAGUCAACGGACGAAGAAUGUCCGCAAUGGGAAGUCCGAUCGCCGAGCAAAACGACAACAAAACUAAUAUGGAGCGAGGUGUACUCAUCAUCAACAUCGAGAACACCAUCGCCAAAAAAGAAAGAGACAAACAAGGCGACCGACACGACAGAAAAUAAGACGGACUCCAAACUACAAGCAAAAGCGGUAGUCAAACUAAACCGCUUAGAAGAAAUCGACACGUCUCUAAUACUGGACUCAAAAAGAAGAACGACGACAAGCGCUAAAACCCGUCAUCAGGUAGAUACACGUACCAAAAACCAAAAGCGUACCGAUGAACGUAUUAUGAGAUGGAUUGGAAAAGAGUCACGAUCGGGAGGCCAUCACCAUCGCAAGGCCCUAACUAAAGACAAAGUCCAAGAGACGUGGAGAAUCAAAGCACACGGAGUUCCGCCGGGAGAAGCAACGAUGAUCAGGCUUGAAAGAGAACGUCGACGUAAAGCGAUGACCACAGCAGCACGCAAGACAGGGUUUGGCCGCCUCUUCCGCAUCUUAUCCACCUCCGACAUCGAGGAAUCGGAUGACGACGAGCCCGCGCCCGUGCCAAUCGCGGACACGUCGCCAGGCGGGAGAGUGCAGCAGAAAGCAGCUGCAGGCGCAGUGGCCGCAUCCACCCCUAAGGCCACUGCAGAGUCGGGCAGACAUCGAGGAAGCGGUGACGAUCGGCCUAGGCCGCUGCCAAGAGUAGUGUCGAGGAGCUUAUGGCGCGCGGAAGCGCGAACCGACACUGGGGCGGGGGUCGGGGACGCGGAGGUCGCGUCGGGAAACGAGAGGCCGCAACCCAACCUAACCCGACCUUACCCUACGCCGGAGCGAGUAUCAUCCGAACCCGCGUACGUUGGGACGCGGCCGUCCGAACCAGAGGAGAGGGAGAGGAGGCCAUCCGAACCCACGCAGUUGAAACUGUCCGGACUUGAAAGAGACGCCCAGGGACGAUUGGAGCAGCCAACGACGUCGGGAGAGCCGGGCAGGACGAAAGACCCGGAUACGUCGGAAACCACCGAACCCAGACGAACGAUACCUGGUAGGCUACAGGUACCUCAGGAACGACCAGGUAACGCCCCAGGUAGCGAGCCUGAGACGCCUGGACGAUUGGAGCAGCCAACGACGUCGGGAGAGCCGGGCAGGACGAAAGACCCGGAUACGUCGGAAACCACCGAACCCAGACGAACGAUACCUGGUAGGCUACAGGUACCUCAGGAACGACCAGGUAACGCCCCAGGUAGCGAGCCUGAGACGCCUCCGUCCGAACCACCGACAAGGACAUACCAGCCGUCCGAACCACCGACAAGGACAUACCAGCCGUCCGAACUGCUUGUGAGCACGGCCGAGUCGCCCGAACCAGCAUCAAGGACGACGACACCAAGGGAGGACGAGGGAAUGUCGGAGGUGCUCCACCUGGACGAAGAGUUCCUCCGACCACCAUGGAUACCGGCGGAGGACGAGGCGACGCCCUAG